GGGGAAUUUAGUACUUAAAAUUUGUGGUGGAAAAUAACUUUAAUUUGAAAUGGCUAAAACUCUCUUUGUUUAUAUUGUUGUUAGUUGGUUCAUAUUCACCCAGCUCACUCUUUCAUUGGCUAAUGUAACCAGCGAAUUGCAUCAGACUUCAUAUGAAAAUGAGACAUCUGAUAUUUCUACAACACUUUCAUCACAAGAAAUAUCUGAGCCCGUACUUAUAACAAAUGCCACCAUCGAACCUUCUACUGUGGUAACAGAAAGCUCAAAACGUAAGAAGACUCGAUUUCCACAAGGACGGCCUCGACGACAAGGACUGGAUUACGGCUCUUUUCCAGCCAGAUAUGGCAUUCCUACUCUUUUCGAAAUGUGUCCACCAUUAGCCACCACAUGUCCUAUAUGCACUGAUGAAGGAGUCCAAGUUCCUCCUGGUUUCUGCGAUUUAGUUGUUUUGAAAGUACUUGCUAUAUCACCUCCUCAGAUAGAUGACAAUGGCCGAGUAUGCGGAAAAUUCGGAAUGCUGAAAUUGUAUGGGAAUUUCAACGAAAAAGAAUUUAGGAGGCUGUUGAGAUUUUCUGUUUCAGAGACAUGUGAAUGCGCUGUGAAGGCUUCAGGACUAUACUUUCUGAUUACGCCCUUGUCAACGUUUCUUAAGGAUGGUUUAUUGUUCAAUCAAAUUGUGCUUACUGAACGAGCCGUGUUACUUUCCACUGAUCGAUAUAUUGAGAAAGAGAUUCUUGAUGUUUUAAAUCAAUGCCCUCUGGUUAAUUACAAUCCCGAAGUUUCUGGGCCUUACGGCCCACCACCCGUUCCUCCGCCUAUCCAACCACAUGUAUCUCCACCUACACAAACAUCUCCAUCAUAUAUACCUACACCUACACCAUAUAUACCUCCGCAAACACAAGCACCUCCUCCGUAUGGACAUACAUCAUAUGAGCCACUUUCUCCUGACAAUUCUGCUCCAGCUCAACAACCAAUACAGACUCAAGUUCGACCAGUGCCAACCGUGCCACUUCCCACAUUACCAAUAAAACAAACUCUACCUCCAUCACACAGUGGCAAGGGAUCUUUCGUCUACCCAAGUUUGACGCAGUGUCUGGUACUAGACACAUGUCCAGUAUGUGCCCGGCUUGACACAGCAGGAGAUAUUACAGGACAAUACUGUACCGCCGGAUUCGCAAACUUGGCGGUGAUUCGAGUUCCUGACGCAUCUACUCUACAAGGAGCGGAUUCAGCUUAUUCAGGGCCCACAUGCUUGAAUUUACGUACAAAUAUCGUUUAUGAUAUCACAAGGACGAGAGACCCAAAGAUUGUGGUCAGCGCAUUGACAGCAUUGCUACCUGUAAAAUGUCUAGCAUGCUUUGCGGGUCUAAGUGGACCAGUCAUAGUGCUACUUAUGGGGCCAGUUCCUCCUGUACCUCCAGCAGCACAGCUUGAUGCCAGUUUCCGAAUAUAUAUUCUGCCCGUGCCUUCUACCUUAGUUUUGCCAAGUUGUGAUCCCUAUUCUAGUUAUGGAAGUCCUUAUUCUCUUGUUCCUAUUGCUGCUCAAUCCUAUGAUGCUACUAAUGAUUGCCCUGAGAUAUCGGAUCGGACUUGUCCGUUGUGUCACAGUUAUCCAGAUACAUCAUUUGCUACUGCUUGUGCUAUUGGAUUCGCUAUUGUGACAGAGCUGAAUCUUGCAGGACCGUACUUUACAUCACAAAGACUUCCUUCAAUAUCUGUGAAAACAACAACGACAUACUACUCAAAAUCCAUUGAAGUUAGUAUUGCUAAUCCUCCAUCAAUAAAAUGCAUCAAGGGAUUCUUUAAAAUAAUUCAAAAUAUUGGCCUAGCUCCUCUAGAAUUUCCUGGAGAGAUCAUCCCUUUUGUUUCACUUCCAAAUUGCGAAUGUCUUUCUCAGGGUUUCAAACGGCUUCUCAUAUUUAGUUCUGCGCCUCUAGUUAUUUCUGAUGAAGGUUCUCUGUUCUUAUCAAAGGAUAUCAACAUAGCUUUUCUCCAACCUGAUGCAGCAUUACCUACUUGUGUCUCUCCACCUUCACCCCCUAUCGAUUAUGUGCUGCCUCCUCGAUCCUUUUAUAUACCACCCCAUGAAGUACCUCUUUCACCAUAUGCUCGUCCUGCUCGAGUGCCUCUCACUUAUAUACCACCUCCACCACCUCCUCCUUCCUAUAUCCCACCUCCUGACCCACAUCCUGUUUAUAUACUUCCUCCAGAUUACCUUCCUCCUCCUCUCAAAGAGUCCCCUCCUUUACCAUAUUCUCCGUAUAUGCCUCUACUACCUACAACUUUACCUACUGUUCCAAAACUUUUGCCUGAAACUCAACCUCUGCCAUAUACAACUGAACCUCCUUUUGAAGAGACGCCUCCUCCAAUAAUAGGAUGCAUUGAAUUUGGUAAUGGGUCAUGUGUCGUAGUAGAUGCAAACCAAGAUAACGAAGCACAGUUUUCUAUCAAUGUUGGCGAAGAUUUACCUUAUACACCUCAGUUUCAAGCUUUAAAUUCCCUUAUUUAUGAAGACUCAUCAGUUUGGUCACCUUCUUUCGAAGAGUGUCUGUCAUCAGCUCAACCAAGUUGCCCUAACAAUCUGGAAGAAUCUCCUGAGGAAUUUGAAAAAAUUUUCUGCAAUGCGAAAACUGCUUUGCUUGUAGCUGUCGGAAUAGAUUAUAGUAUUCUGGGCAAUGAAACAGCUGUUACAAAGAGAUUAACUUUCAUUCAACCAGAGCUACCUUAUGUGGGAAUUGAUUAUGGAAUUCCUAACAAUCCAGUGAGUAUAACAGUUACAGUUACGCCGAAUAAAACCAUGGAACGGAGGUUUCAACUGCAAAAUAAUGCUGAUUAUUGCUACAAGGAAAAGGUAUUAGUGUUGUCUGACCUUUCCGACAUCUUGAAACCAAAGGUGGUUGUCGGAGGACUUGACGUUUAUAUACCAGGCUUUUGUGAUAGCGAAAUAUUUGAUAAAGUUCCAUCCUAUGGUCUUUUGUUAUCGUUGCUACAACCGAGUGAUGUGAAGAAUCCUGUCCAGUUAACAGAGGAUUUCACAUUCAUGCCAUUACCAGAAGGAAGGUUGGGUUUGCCAGAUUGUGGCAGAUUACCUAAAGAAAAGCCUUCGUCCCUUCAAAUGCAGUCCGAGAAAUUCUGGGUGCCAGUAAGUCCAGAGAAAAGUGUUGUCUGCGAACUCUCUGAAGAAGAUAAUUGUAAAGAAUUGGGAACUGUUGAAGACGAAUUUUUUGUUCUUCCUUGUGAUAUCAGAUCAGCUGCUCUUGUACUGAUUCAUAACACUUCAGCUGGAAGUAGCUUUGGACCUAAUUUAGAAAUUUUAGAAACUGCAUAUGAAUCUGGCGAAAAAACGAUUGUCCUGAAUGUAGAACCAAAUGUUGAUGAAGAUAUUGAUUCAUAUCAAAAAAAUCAGUAUGCUGAUGAUUCUAACCGUUGCAAAUAUGCCACUGUACGAGUUCUCAAAGAUCUUUCUCGCAGUUCAUUAAUCGGCGAGGAUGGACUUUUCACAAUAGUCGGAAACGCAAAUUGUGAUAAUCCUAUUUUUAAAAAGACAAAUGAAGUUAUUCUUUUGCUGACAGACGAGCUUAUUCUACCCAACACAGUUAUUCCGCUUGACUAUCGUGCUGAAGUUUUUGGAAUUCCCCCAGGACGUACUGAAAUUUCAUUCUGUAAUGCAAAUCCAUCGACUGAGACAGAUGAUGAGAAAUCAUCAGAUGAGAUAAAACAAAUCCUUGAUAAAUCAACUGAUACUUUUGACCAUGAUCCAUUUCCUGAUAAAUCAAUUACUGAUACUAAAGAGGCUCCACCAAAUGUUGAAACUUUUGAGGUACAAGAAACCUCCUGCAAAGGCCACGAAGAUGAUUCGUGUCCUGUGUGUGACGACAUCGAUUCCAUAUCUUCUGAGGAAUAUUGUGAUUCCGGAUUAUCUUUCUUUGCUGAGGUCAUUGAACAUGAAAUAGGAGAUGAAAAGUGCACAAAUGGAAUAAUCGUGUCGCUUUACGACUUAACUGUUCGUAAUGGAGUCCCAGUGUCGGAAGUGCACAAAAUAACGUACACGAUUCCAUCACACUGUGAAUGUCCUGCUUUAAAAAGAGGCGAACUUCUUGUGCUGCUAUCGGAUGAAUCCACUCUUAUUGCAGAUGAUUUGUCUAUCAACCUCUCUAAAGGAAAAUAUUUAUAUUCAUCUCCACUGAACACAACGUUUCCUCCUUGUUCCUUCGGAGAUUCGUUACAAGCCCGAAGCAAAGACAUAAGUAAUAUUACUGUGUUAGACUCACCAUAUCAGGAAUUGCGCAAAAUAAUGCCAGACUUGUCUGAGUAUGCGUGUCCAACAAUUGAUCAUACCUGUCCCAUAUGUAGAAGUAUGAAUGACGAGGAACUGCUGAAUCUCAUCUGUUCCUCUGAAGAAGUUUUGUUAGUAUCAAGAAGUAAAAACCAGAAGGAAAAUACGAGAAAAUUUUCCAAAAUUGGAAAGGCAACGUUUACAAAACACAGAGUAAAUGGCAGUUAUACUUUAGAAAUGAGCGUUGGUAAAUACGAAAAUAUGUGUUAUCUUCCUUUAUCUGUUGGGAACUGCAAAGAAUCGUUAGAACGUUAUUACUACGACAUAAAAGAUGAAUCAUGUUCCGGCUUUACCUAUACAGGAUGUGGAGGAAACGCUAAUAAUUUCCUUUCUGAGAGUGAUUGUGAAAAAACUUGUUUUGUGGAAGAUUUAUGUGAAGAAGGAAUUUUGGAUAUUAAGAAAAUUGUGAAAAGUUCUGACGAUGCCAGUUAUUUAGACAGUAAAUUUUAUUAUACUUUGCCGGAACACUGCAGUUGUUCGGAAAUGUUAAAAGGAGACAAAAAGGGUGUUGGUUACCUGUUGUCAACAAAUCCGGAAGAGCUUAGUACCAACUCUAUACAACUUUCUCGAAACUAUUACUUUGUUCCUUUGUCUAAAAGUCAGCGGAAGAAGCAGUUUUCUUGUCCAACAGAUAACAGCGCUGAAGAUUCGAGCGAAAAUAAUAUCAGUGAUAGUGAAGUAGCUGAUAACACAGAUUUACAAACUAAUGCUUCUGUAGAAUCAUCGAAGAAAAAAUCUGGGUUUGUUGGAAGACUUUUUGGAUAA